AUGGCUGCUUCUCCCGAUGAUAUCAUGUCUUGGACUAACCAAGACCCUCGAGAAAGUCAACUCUUCAACUCCUGGGGUAUCCUUUACCGCUUCCAGACCACCGUGUCGGCCAAUGGUACUAGCGUCACGACGUUAUAUCGCACCAUUCGCGCUAACAAGGAAGACCGUGUCGCGAAGCUUGAAUGGGCUUCGAACGGUGGCUUAGGGCGAGUCGUUAUCGGAAAGAAUACUCUUCCUAUGUCUGAUCUGGUCAGGCCAGAUCCUCAUAUCUACGGCUCGCGGAUAUUCAACGGUCCUGAUGGACUUACAUAUCGCUGGCGACCUGGAAGCAACGGCGACAUUAUGUUGCAAGAUGCCAACGGCAAUGUACUCGCUUUCUAUCGGCAGACAAGGCAGACUCGCUAUCAAAUAGGCGACGUCUUUGGGGAGUUGCAUUUCAUUCGUUCGGCAGGUUCUGGGACAGUGAUGCACCCACCGAUUAUGGAUAUGGUAACGGUCACUGCUAUGCUGUACAGAUUUUGCCAAUUGUUUAACCUGUAA